AUGGAAAAUCCCGCGCUCCGCGGCCGAGCCGACGGCGGGGUUGGAGCUGGAGCUGGAGCCGGACCCGGUGGAGACAUUGGGCUUUGGCUUGGAGGCGACGGUGGACCUUCGGGCAUUGCUGGGCCUGGGGCUGGGGCUGUGCUUGGUUCCAUUGGAGGGGGAGAUGCCAUCAUCGGUGGGGUGGCGGUAGGAGCCGCUGCCGGUGGAGUUGAGAUGCUAGAUGGCGGUGAGGCUGCAGGGGGAGGUGUGGUCGGGGGAGGUGCUACCGGGGGUGGAGUUGACGGGGGAGGUGCGGCGGGGAGGCGGGACCUGGAGAAGGGGAGGGAGAUUGAGCAAUGGAGGAGGAAGAGAGCGAAAGAAGAGAGAGGAGGAGCACGAGCAUGGCACGUGCGGAAGCCAUAG